ACCCGGUGCCACGCACACUCUAUCAGAUCUCCCAAGGUCUCAUUCAAUAGAUAUUGAAUUAGGAACCGGAGGAGAUCGAAUGACCUGAAAACUACACGCAACGAAAGACUUCUAUCUGCCUGUUGAAAGGACUUGUCACCUGCUACCGGCUUCUGGGAGAUAAAUUAUCCCGAAAAUAUUGGCUACAUUUCAAACAGGCUGUUCAGACUACUAUGCUAUAAAACAUUUGCAUCAAUUUCGAGUAAGACAUUUAAGCAUUAGAUUGAAGCGUCUGGCAGAGGGAUAUUUUCUUCCCAGGACAUGGGGAAUGGAAUAAACAAGGUGCUGCCUGAUCUCUAUCUGGGAAACUUCAAAGAUGCGCGGGACAGGGAGCUGUUGGCGAAACACAAUAUCACCCACAUCCUGUCCAUCCAUGACACCGCUGCCCCCAUCCUAGAGGAGAUGAAAUACCUCUGCAUUCCUGCUGCUGAUGCCUCCAAACAAAACCUGACCCCAUUUUUUAAGGACAGCAUCGUAUUCAUCCAUGAGUCCAGACUCAAAGGGAAAGGCUGCCUGGUCCACUGUGUGGCAGGUGUGUCCCGUAGUGUUACGUUGGUGGUGGCGUACAUCAUGACAGUUACUGGGCGGGGCUGGGUGGAGUCGUUAGCUGCGGUGAGGGUGGUACGGCCUUGUGCUGGACCUAACAUGGGGUUCUUACGCCAGCUAGAGGACUUUGAGAACCUAGAGGUGGCACAGUAUAGGGUAUGGUUUAAGGACAGGUAUAAGGAGAACCUUUUUAAUGAUGAAGAGGAGAUCGGAGCCCUUCUGUUGCAGAAGUCUCAGGCCAUCAGUGAGUCCAUAGCAACGGCCACAGCAACAGCAGCUCAGCUAGCUACCAGCAACACAUGACCCCAUGUCUCCUGCCUGCUCAACCCACGCCAGACACCUGUCACUCACCCAAUGCCCAGCCAAUCACUGUUUCUCACUUCAUAGAUAUUGGUGGGACUGAGUUUCUUAUUCAGUCCAACCAACUGUAGGUUAGACCAACUGAAAAUGUACUAACUUUUCUCCUGGAGACAUCAUGUGCAAUUAUUUAUUUUUGUAUUACAAAAAACGUACAGAUUGUCAUGAGGGGAUUUCUCAGUGGUCCCUGUGUGCGACUGGGGUCUUGGUCUCCCCUGUCCCCUAACAGUCACAGCAACAUGCAAGAGCAGUCAAUCUGAACACCUAGGAAAGAUAGAGUACAAGCAUAUAUUACACAGAGAGAGAGAGAGAGAGAGAGA